AUGAGUACACUAAGGAAAGACUCGAAGCCAUUAACGAUGAGUUCAAGCUGUAUCGAUGCCACAAUCUUGAACUGUGCUCGUGCCCGUCCAAAGGGAUUGAACCCAGGGAAACAGAUCACACACAUCAAGCAACUUCAGCAUUCUGUUGCUUGUCAUAUUAGAAUAUGUAGUAGUUUCUAUUCGAGGAAGAAGGAGCAUGGAAUUCUUCUUUUGGAAGAACUUGAGCAUGAGCAUGCAAAGCUAAAGGUAAAUUCCACAAAAUCUAUUGUUCUGACUAAGAAGAAGGACACAUGUGAAGCUAGCCAUAAGAAAAAGAACAUAGAUGUUGUUAUCGACCAAAAGCAUAUCAGGCGGUCGGAGGGAGACGAUGCUGACCCUAGGAUUCCGAAGAGAAGCGAUGGUGCUCACGAAGCCGAAGCGAGAGCGGGGAGAAACCGUAAGUUGGUUCGCGUAGAGAAAUACAAUAAGACCACGCAUUUGGCUGCUGGCUUUUACUUCAUCACUUUGGUUGCAAAGGAUGCUGCUACUGAUGUGCAUAAAACUUUUCAGACUAGAGUUGAUGAAGAAGCACUUGGCCAAUUUAUGUUGACGUGCCAUAUUGCUAGACUUCGAGAGGAUCCGAAGAUAUCGCCCAACUAUGCAUUCUUCGAAGAUGACUUGCCUGAGUUCCCAACAGAGAAUCCUUUCCAAAAUACAAAGCCAUUUCACAUGCUGACGGAAUCAGAGCUGCAAGACAAUUAUGACUGGAUUCAUCUGUAUGUGGAACUUGCAACUGGCACAUCUAAGAGGGGCGGUAUGAGUCCAGAAUAUAUGUCUACCUUGAAUAUAGUGGAAGUAGCCAUGGAUACUACGGAAGAUGCGAAUGGGGAGGGACUCAACGCCAAAAAAGCCAUUUUCUACAUAAGAUACGUGGAUUCAGAGGAUGUUGAUCGCAUAGCUAUAGUCAGAAGAGCCUUCGAUGAGCAGACGGGAUGCUUCAGUCUCGUUGGUCGGAAGCGCAAGAAUUGUUUUCUGAAAUUUGGUCUGAGAUCAGAAACUAUACCAAAGAGUUGUUUUCUGAGUUCAGAAACUAUACCAACAAAGCGCAAGAUUCGGAGUGCUCUACGUCUCGGCGUCUGCAAACCGUGGCGGUUCUCUAGUCAUAGACUGCACAAGGUAUUCAAAAACAGUGGCUUGGGCUUGGCUCGUAGUCGUCGUCCGCACAAGACAAGAUCCAAUUGA